GCUCCUAAAGUCUUACACCGCAGCUCUAUCCGGUCUCAGCUGCUGCUCAGAGAUAGCAAAAUCCCCUUUCCUUCGCCUGUAAGACUUACGGCGGCAGCAAUGUGCCCGACGAAACACAAGCCCUCGUUGAAGUCCCCGUCGGAUUCCGACGGCGAGUCCUCCUACGACUGGCGGCAGGAGGUCAUCGACGGAGGAUCCCUCCGCCGGGUGGACCUCCACGACGGAUCCAACGGCUGGGCCUCCCCUCCCGGAGACCUCUUCUCCCUUCGUGGUCUCGACUACUUCUCCCGACGCAAGAAGAUUCCAUCCGGCAACUGGCUCCUCCUCCCCGCUGGCGUUGACUGGCUCCGAUCCCCUCAUCGCCUUGACAACGUCCUGGGCCGACCUGACAACCGUGUUUCCGCUGCCCUUCGCCGCGCUCAGUCUCUUGGAAAAUUCCUCAAAUCCUUCGUCUUUGCCGUCAAUCUGCAGGUUCCCGGCCACGAUUGCCACUCCGCCGUCUUCUACUUUGCCACAGACGAUCCGAUACCUACCGGAUCACUGCUCCACCGUUUCAUCCACGGUGACGACGCCUUCCGCAACUCCCGAUUCAAGAUUGUGAAUCGCAUAGUUAAGGGGCCUUGGAUCGUUAAAGCGGCAGUGGGAAACUACUCGGCUUGUCUUUUGGGGAAGGCUCUGGUCUGUAAUUACCAUAAGGGGGAGAACUAUCUGGAAAUUGAUGUGGAUAUUGGGAGUUCAGCUAUUGCCAGUGCGAUACUGAAGUUGGCGCUUGGGUUUGUGACGGCGGUGACUAUUGACAUGGGAUUUGUGAUAGAGGCACAGGCGGAGGACGAGCUACCUGAAAAGUUGAUUGGUGCUGUUAGGAUAGCGCAAAUGGAGAUGUCAGCGGCGGCAUAUGUGGAGCCAGCAAAAGGGAGGGUGGGGGCUACGGCAACGUCGGCGAUAGAGCAGAGAAGGGGAGGACCAGUAAGAAUUGAGCAGGAGAGGGAUGAGGAGGCGGAAGGUUAGGACAAAAUUUUCCCCCUUUUUAUCAUUUCUCCUGAUUUGUAUCUCCACUUCUUUUUUUUGGACGAAAAAAUGCCAGUUUUUCUUCUUUUUGGGGUUCUUACAAAGGAAUCGGCUGGGAAAAAGAAAGAAAAACAGUUUUUUAGGGUUCACAGGGGAUGCUGAUAAUGAUAUUUGCAAUGUUACAUGUUAUAUUAAAAUGCUUACCCUUCUUUCAAUGGAAAUAAAAAAGAAUUACCUUCAUCAGU